AUGGAACAUAAGUCAUACUUCAGUUACCCCAUUACCCAACCUUUCCCCUUCCGCUGGUUUACCCCAGUUGCUAUCAUAGGAGGUAUCGUGUUCAUCGCACUCUUCACUUUGAUGAACUUUGCCUCGAGUAGCUAUGAACUCAUCGUCCAAAACUCACUGGACCCCAAUGCGACUGUUGCCAGGCGAGGCUUUCUGCAUCGCUACCCAUCUUUCCUGACCACCAAAGUCCAGCCCAAAUGCCAGCCCGCCACGUUGCCAGUAAACAGCGAUUCCUUCACAAAUAGCACGGCUUUGACGUACACGUUGACAAGCGUUUGGGAGAGAGGAGAAGCAGGUCAGCGUGUCAUUUCGCCGGCUCUAACCUAUCACCGGAACAUUCUGCAGAACUGCUCUGUCCAUUCUGUUGAGACCGACUUCGAUUCGCUGGACAGAGCUGGAAAACAGAUCGGAUUCUGCGAAUGGGGCGCCGUGCUACGGUCGUACAUUACGUGCAAGAUUGACACACCGGCUGGAGAAGUCUUCUUCAACAUGACGCAGACCUACGACUACGUUCCAGAGACCGUUUCCUUCGAUAGCCUCGGCAAGUUUCUUGGUACUGGGUUCCUUAGCCGUAACAAGACAACACAAGCUAGCCUCUGGUGGGGCGAGUCAUUAAUGUCAACAUUCUGGGGAGAAGUCACAUUGAUGCUGCAGGAUCAGCGGGGAGCUAUCAAAGACGACGAUGAUAAGAUAGAACUCAACAAGGGGACAGUUUCUUUCAUGAUCAACGAUACGCUCCCUAAUAUUGACGACCCCGGCUUCUUCAGCCUCGACUAUCGUUUCUACGGUAGUAGAAUCGAUGAGGUAGCCUGUUGUCCAGGCUUACCGACUCCCUUAACGGCAAAGGCCCUGGAUAAAAGCGACACUUAUCCGAACAUAUGGCUAAAAGCAGACUCGCUGGCCAAAGCGGCUUAUUCAACUAUUCUCGUCGAUCUUGGCCAGAAAGCUGCCCCCAAGUCCAACAUCCUUACCGACACCAAGUUGCUGACGCGUUACACGGAGAAUUUCUCAACAGCACGCAUGGCGAAUCUGAGAUCAGGUCCAGCGAAUGACAGUUACAGCGCAUUGAAGCAGACGACGGGUGACUUGGAUAUCACGCCGUCGGUCAUCGCUACGACGUACAUCUGUCAGGUCCCGAGGCUCAAGCCAGCAGGGAAUCUCAUCGUUGCUAUUAUUGUAGCUGAUCUUGUGUUGCUUCAAGCUGUAUGGCAACUCUACAAGCUUUCGGCUGAGUUUUACCUGAGUAAGAAGAAUCGGGAGACGGCUCCGUGCGAGAGAUGCUCUGUUGUUGGGCAGGCAGAUGAUGGCGUACCACCAUCUAUGCCGAGUCAGGAGAGUGGGCUCGAGUAUUUUCCACUGGUCAACACACCGAGGCAGAAUGAAGCUCUGUUGACAGGGAGUAGGGUUUAG